GUUAGAUUCUAUAUAAAAAAAAAAUAUAUUACCCAUUAAAUUCUUCUGAACUUUGUUGUUGAAAAAUUCUCUCAUAUAAGUUAUUUACUCUCCGCAUCACUAAAGCCAGUAAAUGAUCCAUAUGCCAUGCAUAUUAAGGGAGUUGUAGUUUCAUCGUCUCCUGUCAAAGUUAUGUUUCGUCAUUUUUCACAUUUUCGCAGACGAACGAAUCUUUGUAGAGUUUCUGGAAUCGUAGACUCUACAUGCUUUCGUCGUGCCCAAAAUUUGACUAAUCUAAGAAAAAUAUUCCAUCAUUACUGUGAAUUCCUUAAACUUGAGGACAAAUCUCUUUUUUGAUAGUAAUUAUGUGUACCGCAGUCAAACUGCUUUGUUUUGUUCACAGAAAAAAAAUGAUGAAAACGAUGGAGCAAGUUCAAGCAAUAGUGAUGAUGGGCGAAUCUGAUAACCCAUCGGAUUCAGAUCAGACUUUGCAGUCCUAUCCUAAAUCACAACAAAUAGGUGCCCUCGCUCCUAUGACAGUGCCAGAAGUCUGGCCUUUAGUUCCUGUAAUAGCCGUCAGCCGCAAUCCCGUCUUUCCAAAAUUUAUCAAAAUAAUUGAGGUCUCAGAUCCAACUCUUGUAGAUUUAAUUAGAAGAAAAGUGAAAUUGAAUCAACCUUAUGCAGGCGUUUUUAUGAAAAAAUUUGAAAGUGAUUUGGAGGUAGUAGAAAAAUUAGAUGAUAUUUAUAAUAUUGGAACAUUUGUGCAAAUUCAUGAAUUGCAAGACUUGGGAAAUAGUUUAAGAAUGGUUGUGAUGGCAUACAGAAGGAUCAAAAUUUUAAAGCAAAUAGUUGAAGAGGAAACUGAUUCCCAUAGAAGACGUCGACGGAAAAAUAAGAAAAAUAAUGGCAUCCAAAAUGACUUACCGAAUGAAACUCCACCCUUAACACCAACCAAUGUAUUAAUGGCUGAGGUGGAAAAUGUGAACCAUGAACCUUAUAAAAUGACGGAAGAAAUUAAAGCUUUAACACAAGAAAUAGUAAAAACUAUUCGUGAAAUAAUAGCCCUGAAUCCAUUAUACAGGGAAUCUGUUCAACAGAUGAUUCAAGCUGGCCAACGAGUUAUCGACAAUCCUAUUUAUUUAUCAGAUUUAGGGGCAGCUUUAACUGGAGCUGAACCACAUGAGCUGCAACAAGUUAUUGAGGAAACAGAUAUCCCUAACAGAUUGUUAUUGGCUUUGUCUUUACUUAAAAAAGAACUAGAAUUGAGUAAAUUACAGCAAAAAAUUGGAAAAGAGGUUGAAGAGAAAGUGAAAACCAUUCAUAGGAAGUAUAUGCUUCAAGAACAAUUGAAGGCUAUUAAAAAAGAGUUAGGAUUGGAAAAAGAUGAUAAAGAUGCCAUUGAAGAAAAAUUUCGAGAACGAUUAAAAGAUUUAACUGUUCCCACAGCUGUUAUGGAAGUUAUUGAUGAAGAAAUAAACAAACUCUCCUUUUUAGAUAACCAUUCAUCAGAAUUCAGUGUAACAAGGAAUUACCUGGAUUGGUUAACAAGUAUACCUUGGGGGAAAAGCAGCGAAGAAAAUAUGGAUCUUGAUCGAGCAGCUGAAGUGUUAGAGCAAGAUCACUAUGGAAUGGAAGAUGUUAAGAAGAGAAUACUGGAAUUCAUUGCAGUUAGCAAACUUAGAGGUACCACUCAGGGCAAAAUUUUAUGCUUUCAUGGUCCACCUGGUGUAGGCAAGACAAGUAUUGCUAGAUCAAUUGCUAAAGCUCUUGGCAGAAAUUAUUACAGAUUUAGUGUUGGUGGAAUGACUGAUGUUGCUGAAAUAAAGGGUCACAGGAGGACCUACAUUGGUGCCAUGCCUGGUAAAAUCAUUCAAUGCCUGAAGAAAACUAAAACUGAAAAUCCACUUAUUUUAAUUGAUGAGGUUGACAAGAUUGGUCGCGGAUAUCAGGGUGAUCCCUCCUCUGCUCUGUUAGAAGUAUUAGAUCCUGAGCAAAAUGCAAAUUUUUUGGAUCAUUAUUUAGAUGUGUCUGUUGAUUUAUCAAAGGUCCUUUUUAUCUGCACUGCCAAUGUUACUGAUACUAUACCUGAACCUUUAAGGGAUCGGAUGGAAAUGAUUGAAGUUUCUGGUUAUGUAGCUGAAGAAAAAAUUGCUAUAGCAGAACAAUAUUUAAUUCCUCAAGCUCGGGAGCUUACCGGUGUUUCUUCAGAGCAAGUACAAAUUCCUGCAGAAGUUCUGCAAAAACUUAUCAAAUCCUAUUGUAGAGAAAGUGGUGUUCGUAACCUGCAGAAACAAAUUGAAAAGAUUUUGCGGAAGACGGCUUACAGAAUUGUGAAAGAAGAGGUAUCAAAUGUUCAAAUUAAUGACGAUAAUCUCCAAGAUUUUGUAGGCAAACCAGUAUUCACUCAUGACCGUCUGUACGAAAUUACUCCUCCGGGUGUUGUAAUGGGUCUUGCAUGGACUGCAAUGGGUGGUUCAACGUUAUACAUUGAAACAACUCAGUGCAAGCCGAUGUCCGAGGAAAAGAAAUUUGAAGGCUCUCUGCAGUUAACUGGGCAUUUAGGAGAUGUGAUGAAAGAAAGCGCAAAUAUAGCCUAUUCUUUUGCCAAGUCGUUUUUGUUGGAGCAAGAUCCCGAAAAUAAUUUUUUGCAACGAGCUCAUUUGCAUCUUCAUGUGCCAGAAGGUGCUGUACCUAAAGAUGGUCCUAGUGCUGGAUGCACAAUGGUUAGUGCACUGCUGUCAUUGGCAUUAAAAAAAUCUAUUAAACAGAACACUGCAAUGACUGGUGAAAUUUCACUGACAGGCAAAGUUUUGCCAGUGGGUGGGAUUAAAGAAAAAUCCAUUGCGGCAAAGCGAGUUGGAGUGAACUGCUUAAUCAUGCCUGCAGAAAACAAAAAAGAUUUUGCCGAUUUGCCGAAAUUUAUUACUGAUGGCCUUGAAGUUCAUUUUGCUGAAAAUUACAAAGAUGUAUUCAAUAUAAUAUUUUAACAAAAAUGUUACAUUAUCAACUUUAUUGAAAUAAUAUUUUGUCAGAAUGAAUUGUAAAUAAAUUCAAUAAAUGCUCUACAUAAAGUUUUAAAAAAAAGGGGGGGAGGACAAAAGUAUGUCAGGGAUAUUUAUUUCAUAGAGAAAGAAUGCAUGAAAUGGAGUAGUUUAAAUUAUUUUUUGUUGUAUUUUCUAAUGAUUUAUAAUCUAAGUUUAUUUUUAGCAUUCAUGGUUUUUGAUAGCAUUGUUAUUUUUCUUUCAGCUUGUUAUACCCCUUCCCUCAAAUAUAGUCAAAAAAAUAUGCAAAAUGAUAAUUAUUUAUGUUGUUUCAAUAUAUAAAUAUUUGUACAAAUUUAUAUCAUUUGUGUAAACUAUUUUAAUAAGUUUUUUAAUGUCAUUUGUUAAAUAAAAGCUUUUAAUAUUUUGUUUUUGUGCAUCUGUGUUUAAGUGUUGUACGUUACAUAAACACUUGUUCCAUGAACAAAAAUAAAUCAAAAGAAUGACUACACUCAAAUUAUUUCAUCACAAAUUCCUUUUUAUUUCCAUUGAAUUACAAGUAUUUUUGUCUUUGUACCAAGCUUUUUUCCACGUACUCUUUGCUUUUAUGUAACAGGAUCAAAACCCUUUUAACCAGCCCUCGCUUCUUAUUCGCAAUUUGAGGUGAAAAACUUCAACAAUUGCAUUUUUGCUUGCAAACAGGAGGCGGUUAAUAAUGUCAAAUUUUACAACUAAUGAUAAACUUAUUUACAUAAAGUCAAAAAUGCUUUUAAGAUUCAAGAUGUAACCAUUCUAUUCACUGUUUUAAAUCUGAAUUUUCAAUAAUUUUUCAAUUGUAUUUUAAUAUAACCUUUUAUUAACACUAGAAAAAUAUACAAUGAAAAUAAAUCAAGUUUUCUUACUUUCUUUAUUGCUGCAAAAACGCUGGAAAAAUGGGCAAAUGUAAUUGAAAUGUCAAAUUUCAAUAAUGUUGUAGUUUUGAAGUAUAAUUUUUCAAUGUUCAUUUGAUAAACUUUUUUUUCCUUCUAAAUAUUAAAAGUAAGGACGUCAUUGUCUUUCAGCACUAAGCAAAUUCAACUGUUAUUUGCAAAAUAUUAAUCGGUGAAUCAGAAACAUGAUGUCGUAACACAUGAAUGUUAAUAAAGUAAUUUAAAUUUUAAUUAUUUCAACACAAUUCUCUGUUAUAGGAUAAGAUUUCAAGCUUUUUUUUUUUAUAACACCUUCAGCAAAUUCAAUGUUUCCAACUCAUAGAUUCAGUUUUAGACCGACUUAUCAUAAUACUUGAUUUCAGCAGUCUAUUUCUUAAAUUUUAUAUUUUGCUGCAAAAAGUCUUGUUUAAAAAGUACUUAGCAAAACUUUUGUAGCAAAAGCACUCAUAAAAUGAAAUAUUUAAUAAUAGCUAAGUGACAGUUUCUUUUUUUGAAAAAGUAAAUUGCUAAGGCUUUCUCUUGCAAUGGUUAAUGGUUUUAAUGGUGAGAAAUACUCACCUUAUUGUUGCAUAAUAGAAAUUCAAAGCAGAUUAUUAGUUUUAGAGAGUGAAUGGCCAAAAUUUGUUUUCAGCGUUGAACCAUGUAGUGUUCUUAGUAUUCAAAAUGUGGAGAUAAAUAGUAUGAAACGUUUUUGAGUUCCAGAAUGAUGUUUAAAAUGAUUUAAGGCAAUAUUUGUCUUUUUUUUUUAAAUUUUUCAGACUACUUUUCCUUCUAUGGUCGGGGGGGGGGGUCCAAAAACAUUUGUAUUCAGCGGCUUCUUGGGAGGGGGCCCGGGCUUAUAACUUUUUAUUUAUUUAUUUUAUUUUAUUUAUUUAUUUAAUUUUUUUUUUGUCCGUAUUUGCUUGAAAUAAGUAGUGGAUUGAACUGUAUUUCCUGCGUAAAAUCCGCGGUUUAUCUGUCAGAGAAGUAAAAUUAAUGAGAUGCGGUGAAAAGCCGGUGAAAGUGCCUCCCGUGCAGCCCCUUACCCGUGCUGCAAGGAAGGCGUACUGCAGCACGGAAAGUGUACUGGAUACAAACGCGAGAUUACUAAUUUUUGUGAUGCAUUUUUUAGCUUUUCCCUAUUUGAUUAAUUAAAUUUUAUUUUUGAAAGUCACGGGGAGGGGGGGGGGAGUGCACCACCCUGCCGGCAAUCAUGGACAUAAACAUGAGAUUAAUACCUUUCGUGAUUUUUUUAGUAGUUUAAGUAUUUUGUAGCUUGCCCUAUGUUAAAAAUGAAUAUAAUUUUAUUUAUUUAAUGCAAGUAGCUAUUUUAAGGAAAUUCAAAUAUUUUUAAAAAAAAUAUUUUAUUUUCAAACACAGGGGGGGGGGGGAUGCGAGUGCACACAUGAUCUGGCCCCCUCACUUUUUCAAGGCAUGAGCUGCCACUGUUUGUAUUAGUUUUUAUAAAAUGAAAUAAUUUUUGAAUAAAACAAUUUUUUUAAAUAUAUAGCAUUUUAUGUUACAAUGUUCUUUUUUAGUGCUUUGAAAUAAGGUAAUUACAGGAUAUCCAUAUUUUAAAUGUCUCAACCAGCCCUUCCCUUUUUCAAAUUUUUCUGCUGAAAGGAUACAAUUCAAAAAAAAAAAAAAAUCCUCGGAUCUACUCUUUUACUUAACUCAUAUUUUUCAUGUACAAUAAAAAAAAAAAAAAAACCUUAAAUUUUAUCGCAGGCUCAAUACAAAUGAUAUUGCUAUUUUUAAAAUUUGCUGUUAAUGUUAAUUUUUACUGGUACCCUUAUCAAUGUAAUUGUAUUGGAAAAUCUUGUUUAUCAAUAAUGCUGAUAUUCAGUUGAUUUACAUUAUUUUCUUUGGAUACAUUUCUUUUAAUUUUCCUGCUAAAAUGUAAGUCAUUAAAAGAGUUUUCUGGGUUUUCAAUGUUGCAAUAAAAGUUUCAAUUUGUAUCCUUAUAAAAAGCUGUUAAGAAUAGUGUUCUUCUUUGCUGAUGUAACUUGCAUUCAUUUUCCUGCCUAAAUGGAAUUUCUGAUGAUGAGUAAGCACAACACAGUUUCAUGAGUUCUUCUAUCUGCCUGUUAGUAUCGAGAAAAACACAUUAACACUUAUUUUUUCAGUGAUACCAUCAGUUACCAUUACAAAUAAACACAUUUCUUCUAGUAUGUGUUAAGUACCUGAAUUAUUUUCAAAAUAAAGGUUUUGCGUUUUCCAAACAUGAUUAAAUAUAUACAAACUGCUUUCAAUGUUGAAUUUCAGGGAAAACCGUAAACCAGUUGUUUGUAAACAUAGUUUCAAGGGAAGAGAACACACAUAGAACAGGCGAAAGAAAAAUAUGUGUUUUAAGCUUAUGUUGUAGAGGCCACCAAGGAAUGAAAACAGACAGACAACAUUUCAGGAAGUUUAGACCUGUUCAUUAUUGCAAUGUAUUUGGUGCACUGUUAGCUGGAAACUUUUCUUUUUUCCAGAAUUAUACAUUGUUACUUUUCCUAU